GCUUUUGGUCUCUCUCUCUCUCUCUCUCUCUCUCUCUCUCUCUCUCACUACUCUCUUCAUUUAAGCUUAUUUCUCAAUAGUUUCUCCCCAUCUGGCUUUCUUCUUCAUGGAGCUACUUCUCUCUCUUCUCCUCAUCCUCAUGGUUCCCUCAAUCAAUGCUCAGUGGCCACCUUCACCUGGCUACUACCCAAGUCAUAGAUUCAGGACUAUGCGCUUUUAUGAUGGCUUUCGAAACCUCUGGGGUCCUCAGCACAUGAGAAUAGACCAGAACACAUUGACAAUUUGGCUUGAUAGUAGCUCAGGAAGCGGGUUCAAGUCAGUUCGUCCAUUUCGAUCAGGUUAUUUCGGUGCCUCCAUCAAGCUCCAACCUGGUUACACUGCAGGAGUCAUAACAUCUUUCUAUCUAUCAAACAACGAAGCCCAUCCCGGCUUCCAUGACGAAGUCGACAUAGAAUUCCUGGGAACGACGUUUGGGAAGCCUUACACAUUGCAGACUAAUGUCUACAUUAGAGGGAGUGGAGAUGGGAGGAUUAUAGGAAGAGAGAUGAAGUUUCAUCUAUGGUUUGAUCCAACCCAAGAUUUUCAUCAUUAUGCCAUACUGUGGAGCCCCAAAGACAUCAUAUUCUUUGUGGACGAUGUGCCCAUCAGAAGGUACCCGAGGAAGAGCGAUGCAACGUUCCCAUUGAGACCAAUGUGGCUGUAUGGGUCCAUAUGGGACGCCUCGUCGUGGGCCACGGAGGAUGGGAAAUACAAGGCAGAUUAUCACUACCAACCCUUCGUCGGUUGGUACACCAAUUUCAAAGCCAGCGGUUGCUCCGCCUACGCCCCGGCCCGGUGCCGCCCAGUCUCGGCCUCGCCCUACCCCUCCGGUGGCCUGAGCCGUCGACAGUACUGGGCUAUGAGAUGGGUCCAGAGGUACCACCUGGUGUAUGACUACUGCAAGGACCCAAAGAGAGAACACUCUCUCACACCUGAGUGUUAUCUUUGAUUUUGAUUCAUCAUUUCAUCAUCAACCGAUCAACUUCCCAGCUGCAGCACUACUUGUCCAGUCUCUGCCAACACAGAGACAGACCACACACAUACACAACAAGUCACUCAAUUUUUACUACUUCUCUUUAGUCUAAGUUCUUGGGGUGUCUUGAGAUGGGUCCCAUUUGCCAACCUUGGAUGGAUGUAAGGGUAGCUGAGCGUCCAAGUCUCCAAGAUUUCAAACUUUUUGUUAUUGUUUGUUCUUUCUGUUGUUGUACAUUAGAUAGAAUUCAUCGUCGUGUGUUACUGUGGAGAGAGAAAAGAGAAAGAGAGUACGAGAGAAUAAGGGAGAAGGGGUGAUGCCAUUAAAGAGAUGGGGUUGAGUGAAUGUAUUUGCUUGUCAUUUUCUAAAUUAAAUAAGUCUCAUAUUAUUAUUAUUUUAUGUUGUGUUUGUUUUUUUUGUUGCCAAAAAAGAUAGUUUUUUCUUUUGAUAAUUUCCAUGAAAGAAGGUUGGUUCAGCUCCCUGGGGAACAUGGCUUGACCCUUCUAUGGUCGAAGGCAAUAGAAUAGGCAUGGCUAUGAUAUCAGUUUCUCACCAAAGACUCCUUCGAAGAACAAAUUCAGUGUUUGUAAAUGAUCUGUAGGUCAGUCAGUUCCAUUUAAAUUAUCAAAAACAAAGUUACCCAAUUCAA